AUGUAUAAUAUGGUCCUAGUUGCAGCAGCUCAUAAACUUACCUGGCUGGGAGGUUCUCGUGAUCACGAAGGCGGGACCUUCAUGGUGAGGCUAGGCCAUUGCACUUCGGGCCGUGCUGACCCGUGUGGCUACCCCGAGUUGGGGUCAGCCAACAGCAAAAUUUUUGCGUUUGGGGACAGCGUUCGCGCUACCCCGCACUAG